AAACUGGUGAUAUGGCAAUGACAUGGCUGCCACGUCAUUUUCACAAAAAUUAACAAUUAAAAAAAGACAUGAAAUGAAAUAAAAAAACAAAAACAUGAAAAUGAAAAUGAAAUAAAAAAACAAAAACAUGAAAAAUAAUCCCUUGAACCACUCUCCGUCCUCCGCCCUCCAAUCCUCCACCACAAAGAACACUUUGCUUGAAUCUCUCUUCUCCAUUCCAAUAAACCGCCCUCUCUUUCCCCGACAAUCCUCACCGAAAUCAAGUCCCUUACAAAGGCCGCAAGGAAUUCUGCCCGCGACCGACAGAGUGAGGAAGCCCCACAGGGGGAGCAGCUCUGGCACGAGAGACGUGAGAGAGCUUAGCCUAGCUGUGGAUUUUCGACUGCCGAUGCCCGGUGGGGAAAAUGGCGGAUUGGAUUGUGAAGAGAAACAGGGGAAGCAACUCUCGCAACGAGAGACGAGAGGGCGUAGGGUCCUAUUUUUCUUGCAUCGGACUCGCCGGCUGGCUGGCAAAGAUAUGAAGUAGAGAGCGGCGAGUCUCGUUCUUCUUGUCUUGGACUCGCCGGCUGGCUAGGGAAAGAUUAGAAGCAUAGAAUGGCGAUGGCUUUUCGUCGAUAGCAGAGGCGAGCAGGGCGGCGACUGAUUGUUGGGGAGAAAUAAGGGAAGGGGACGGAUUGGGUUCUUCUCGAUGGAGAGGAUGUUGUUGCCGGGGAAUGGAGGCCCUUUCUAGUUUGCAGCCAGCCGGGAUUUGGUUUUGAAGAAGACGACCUUCACUCUUCAAAUUUUUGUUUUUUUUUAUAUUUCAUUUUCAUGUUUUUAUUUCAAUUUUUGUGGAAAUGACGUGGCAGCCAUGUCGUUGCCAUAUCAGCAAAUUUUGCUGAGUCAUUAAUGGUGAGAAUGUUUGACCGUUAGUUUAGAUGGUCAACCCAAAAAUCGGGCCAAAUUUAUCUAAUAAUUUCAAAAGUAUGCC